CGACCCCCAGAGCCAACACCGAACGUUUGAGAGCGACCGAGACUGUCAAACGGGCAUCGGACCGGAAUCACAUAAUGUCUGGUUCACCUCGGGUUGCCGACUGGUGCCACCAGUCGUCUUCACUUUCCUUUCCGGCACCUUUUACCUAAGAAAAUUCCUCUCCGCGCGGUGGCUGUGGGUCCUUUUUUUGCCUUGACGGAACCGCACCGAGGACCAGCAAGCGAAAACGGAAAUUUGCGAGAUGGAGGCAGAGAAAAUUCUUGCCAGCUUUCUCCAGACAAUUAUCCAGCACUGAUCGGUUAUCCGGGGUGUCAAUAGACGCUUGACUAUUGCCCCCCGUUGUUUCUGCGCUCAUUCCAACUCACGGCCCGAUAUGGCAUCUGAAAAGGUUGCCCCCGCGCCCGCGCCCGAGAUCACUAGCAAGUCGGUGAAAGGCGAAACUCUUGACUCGGACAACAAGCAUGUCGCGCAAGAUAUCAAACCCUCGGAUGCCGAGGGCAAUCACUCGAAAUCAGCUCCUGGAGAGCUGAAGCGCAAGCUGAAGAGUCGGCAUCUGCAGAUGAUUGCAAUCGGUGGAACUAUCGGAACUGGCCUAUUCAUUUCAAGUGGAACUGCGAUCGCAUACUCCGGUCCUGCAGGUGCUCUCAUUGCCUACAUCUUCGUUGGUUCGAUCGUUUACUCCGUUAUGUCUUCUCUCGGUGAAGUCGCGACCUAUAUUCCUAUUCCUGGCGCCUUCACAUCCUACGCUGCUCGUCUGAUUGACCCGAGUCUCGGUUUCUCUAUGGGAUGGAUCUACUGGUUCAAUUGGGCCUCUACAUUCGCCGUCGAGCUUACUGCUACUGGAACCAUCAUUCAAUACUGGGACCCAAGUCUUAACAUUGCGAUCUUCAUUGGUGUUUUCUGGGUGUUCAUUACCGCCUUGAACUUCCUUCCUGUGAAUUUCUAUGGUGAGCUGGAAUUCUGGUUCUCAACAAUCAAGGUCGCCACUGUCAUUGGGUUUAUGAUCUUCGCGAUUUGCAUUGAUUGUGGCGUGGGCGCGCAGGGUUACCUUGGUUUCAGUUAUUGGAAGAGCCCUGGCGCCUUCGCGACCCAUUUGAUUGAGGAGCCACCAUCGGUCGGCAAGUUCGUUGGGUUUUGGGCGGUCUUGAUCCAGGCUGGCUUCUCGUACCAAGGAACAGAGCUUGUUGGUGUGGCUGCUGGAGAGACUGAGAACCCUCAGAAGACUGUGCCCUCGGCGAUUCGCAAGACCUUCGUGCGAAUUCUACUUUUCUUCGUGCUCACGAUCUUCUUCAUUGGGCUCGUCGUCCCCUAUACCAAUGAUAGGUUGACUACUAGCACCACCAACGCCUCCUCCUCUCCCAUGGUUAUUGCUGCAGAUUUGGCCGGUGUGAAGGUUCUUCCAAGCCUGAUCAACGUUGUGUUGCUCACCGUCGUCCUCUCCGCCGCCAAUUCCAACGUUUAUAGCGGUAGUCGAAUUUUGACUGGCCUCGCACACGAAGGUUUUGCCCCGAAAUUCUUUGCUCGUACCACCAAAGGUGGUGUGCCAUACAUCAGCGUCAUGUUCACUGCGCUUUUCGGUCUCCUGGGCUUCAUGAACGUUUCCGCCGAUGCGGGACAGGUGUUCACUUGGCUCGUUAACCUGUCCAGUGUGGCUGGAUUUGUCACUUGGUCCUCGAUCAAUGCAUGCCAUAUCGCCUUCAUGCGUGCAUUGGCCGCCCGUGGCGUGUCCCGCGACACGCUUCCUUACAAGGCUGUUUUUCAACCUUACCUUGCCUGGUACGGCCUGUUCUUCAACAUCCUCAUCGCCCUCACCCAGGGUUUCACAGCCUUUAUCCCCACCUUUAACGUGACUGAUUUCUUCAUCGCCUACAUCUGUAUCAUCGUUUUUGUUGUUCUUUACUUGGGACACAAGAUCAUCAUGCGGCCUUCUUUCGUCAAGGCUGCUGAGGCCGACCUUGAUACUGGCCGGUUGGACUACAAGAAGGAGACUGGUCCUCCUAAGCCUUGGUACUGGAGAGUCUGGGGUUGGGUCACGAAGUAAGGACGUCACGGCUUGGAAUGACUUGAUUAAAAAUGAUGUAUUUCUCUUGCGCUGAAUAUACUAGAAAGCGUUUAUAACAAAUUUACCAGUUUUUUUCC